AUGUCGCUCCCAGAUCAUCUCCAGUCCACCUUUUCUCCGGAGGAAAUCCAGUUUAUUGUCGAGAAUGAGCCGAUAAAGAUCUUCCCCCGGAUCACCACACGGCAGCCGGCGCGUUCGGGCGCAAAGGGCGGCUCUCCGCCCAUUAGAUGUACUCUUAUUACGACCGACGAUGCGAGCAUCAACCAGCUGGUUGCGACGCGGUCUUCCGAGGUCGCGUUGUGGCUUGCGCUGCUGCUGAAGCAGCAGAACAAAUGCAGCAUCAUUGCGCCGCAAUGGCUGACCCUGCAGGCGCUAGACCGCAGCAUCCAGUUUGAAAAGACACAUCCCGACCGGUUCAGCGCGAUGCCGUGGAACUGGCUGGUGCUCGCGCAGUUGCUCUUCAAGCGCGCUCCAGACGAUUUCCACGACCCGGUGCACGAUCUGCGGAGCAAGGUGCAAGAUCUGCGCGAGAUCCGGCAACUCAAGGUGCUCAAGGGUCUGCGGCACCUCAACGAGUCGCAUUUACAGCUCGACAACCUGUCGCUGCUCGAGGUCAAUGAGCUCAGACCGUUUGUUCUCGACACCAUGGACAGGUUGCGCGAGAUACACUCGGCAGCCAACCAGGACACCAUCCAGCCCGCGCCGGCAGACCAGCACGGCUAUCCCGAGCCUCUAUAA